ACUUUUCAAAACAACUAGAAAUAGUAACAGUCCUUUUCCCUUAAAAGGAAUGAAGAACAACUUCCUUCUCUCCAGAUUAUUUUACCAUCAGAAAAGGACUUCUCUCCAGAUGAAAAGCUAAAAAUUUCUCCUUUUCUUCAGCUUGAAGUGCUUUUGGCUGAAAAUUGACCAAAUUAACCUGUCGGCUUCUCCCACACAAACUUUCUUUCUCCCACAAACGUGCUUUUGGCUGAAAAGAACAGAAAUUUGAUUUCUCAUUCAGGCAACCCUCCUCUGCUACUGCUUUGAGGCAACCCUCCAGUGCUUAAAAGCUUAAAAGUAGAUUGGAGCCUUAGCUACAGUGGAAUCUGAUUACUCCUCCAAGCUUAUUCACCAAACCCCAAUUUCAUGGUUGUGCCUGAAGCUCAAAAAUUUCAAACUUCGGGCAUUGAUCCCGAAUUCGAAGGGAAGUUGGAUCAAAUGUUCAUGGGGAUAGUUGCAACAGGUGAUAAAGCAUGGGCACCUUCUUCUGGUAUACUCCGGACUGAUUUUUUUGAGGAUGUUACCAACGAAAUACCUGAAGAGAAUGAAGAAGAAAAUAUGAGAAAUGAUAUUUACAUUUUAAAUGAUAUUCACAUUUCAAAUUAUGUUCAAAUUGAUGGGAACGGUCAAAAAAGAAAAAACCCUAAGAUAUCAAGUUCACAUUUUAAAACUGGAAGAAAGAAAUCCUCAAAGCAAAUUGGAGGAGCUGCAAGAUUGUCCAGUCAAAUAGAAAAAUUAUGCAAUGCAGCUGACAAUAUGAGUCAAGCCACAUCUAGUUUGACUCCUGUUAUGGAUCCAUAUGGUAUUCCACAAGCAGUUAAAGUGCUUGACAGCAUGUCGGAAGAAGUUCCAGAAGCUAGUCCGCUAUACUUUUUCACACUUAAAUUAUUGCUCAAUAAGGACAAGCGAAUUAUGUUUUUAUCAAUUAAUCCCAAGAUUAGAGCUUUGUGGCUUAAGUCGGAAAUGGAGAAUAGUUGAACAUUUUCUGAUCUUCUAGGGUUCAGAGAUAUCUAUUAUGUGACUAAACAACAAUGCUAAACUAGUUUUAUCAAUAGUUAUUUAUAUUUGGUUUUUGGGCUUUGAA